AUGGCCCAAGCUAAUCUCAUCUCAACCCCCUCAGUCAAAGCUGCCAUGCUCGCCGUCGACCGAGGACACUACUCAAGGUUCAAACCCUACGAGGAUGCGCCGCAGACGAUCGGACACAACUCAACCAUCUCGGCUCCACAUAUGCACGCUGCUGCCCUCGAAAGUCUCGCACCCUUUCUCUUCCCUGGAGCCAAAGCUCUUGAUGUGGGCAGUGGCAGCGGAUAUUUAACGGUGUGCAUGGCAGAGAUGGUUGGGACACAGGGACGCGCUGUCGGAGUUGAGCACAUUCCAGAACUGGUGGAACUGGCCAAACAAAACACCAAAAAGGACCAUCCAGAGUUCCUUCAGAACGAUCGUGUUUCCUUUCACACUGCCGAUGGUCGUGUGGGUUUUCCUCAGGAUGCACCCUACGACUGCAUCCAUGUGGGUGCAGCGGCGUCCGAGUUGCAUGAUAAACUGGUGGAACAGCUGAAUGCGCCUGGGAGGAUGUUUAUACCUGUGGGCGAUGAGAACGGUCAGGCGAUCUUCGUGGUUGACAAGGACAAGGAUGGCAACGUCACCAAGAAGAGGGCCAUGGAUGUCUGGUUGGCAGGAACGAUGGUCAGCCAGUAUGCUAUCUUUUUCCGUACCUACAUUACAAACAACCACUCGCGACAUACUCAGAUUUGCAAAGAUUCACGCAAUGACUGCUUUUGA